AUGAAGAUCGGAUGUCUGCAGUUUGCGCCCCAUGUGGCCGAUAUUGACAACAACCUCAACCGCGCCGAUGCUGUCCUCUCCAAAGCGAGCCCAGAUGAGUCGGAUUUGGAUCUGCUAGUUUUGCCCGAGCUGGCCUUCACGGGCUACAAUUUUAAGUCGCUCCAGGACAUCUCCCCUUUCCUAGAACCCUCAGGCUCCGGCAUCACAGCUCUCUGGGCUCGAACUACCGCGCUCAAGUACAACUGCAUCGUCACGGCUGGAUACCCAGAAAAGGUAGACGUUGCUCCCAAAUGGCCUACUGGUCCCGAGUACUACAACUCGGUCAUUGUUGUCAACGGAGACGGUGAGACAAUUGUCAACCACCGGAAAUCGUUUCUAUAUCACACCGACAAGACUUGGGCGCUUGAAGGCCGUGGCUUCCAUGACGGCUUUAUUCCUGGUCUGGGAAACACCUCGAUUGGAAUCGGCAUGGAUAUCAAUCCGUAUAAAUUCGAAGCGCCUUGGCAUGCUUUCGAGUUUGCCUUCCACGUGCUAGAGGUCGAGUAG